GAAACAGGAAAGACGGGGAAGUACAGGAAAUAUCCAUUUACUCUCGCUAAAUUAUGAGUUUUCGUUAAACAUUUUUAGGAAGAGUUCUUUUUUUACUCUCACCGCUGUUGGUUUUUAUAUCUUUUUAUGUGUAGUGAAGCAGCUGUUGUUUAGCACCAGUCUUUGCGCUCAAGAUGAACGCGCUGGUGGCUCUUUGUCACUUCUGUGAGCUCCACGGCCCUCGGACACUGUUUUGCACCGAGGCACUGCACCCUCCAUCCCCAGACCCUUCAUCUCAGAUGGGGACCCCAGUGCCAGGGGACAGGGAUGCUGACCGGGAGGGCGAAGGUCUGACCAUGAGGGCCAACAGCUCUGCUACACAGAGAGGAGAGAUGUGUGAGGGUUGUCGAUCUCUACCUGCAUCUCAUCCUGGCUUUGUGAGCAUCGAUGAUGAAACAGGCAUUCGUUUCUUGAGCCAUCAGCAUCCUAGGCAGCCCCAGCUUUUCAGUGUGGUCAGACAGGCCUGUGUACGCAGUCUCAGCUGUGAGGUUUGUCCUGGGCGUGAAGGGCCCAUUUUUUUUGGCGAUGAGCAGCAUGGGUUUGUGUUCUCACACACCUUCUUUAUCAAAGACAGCCUGGCCAGGGGUUUUCAGCGGUGGUACAGUAUAGUUUUGGUCGCCAUGGACAGGAUCUACCUUAUCAACUCCUGGCCUUUCUUGUUACGUCACCUCAAGCUCACAAUACAUAGUAUGCAAAGCACAGCUUUAAAGGUUUUUGACAGUGAACAAGGAGUUUGUCCCCAGAGAGCUCUGAGGAUGAACAGCGUAUUUUCUCCUGCAGUUUUUCCACACCAGAGGAGCGGCAAUGCGGCCCGAUCUCUAACCUCCCUCACCCAGCACCCCAACCUCUGGGCUAGUCUGCACUGCUCCUUUAGCUGGUUGCUGAAGGCUAGUGGUAGUCGGCUAACAGAGAAGCUCCUUGAAGGGGCACCCACAGAGGACACACUGGUGCUUAUAGAGAGGCAAACAGAGCAAGAGGAGGAAAUGAGUUGCUGGGAAGGAGCAGAAGGAGGCGGGUCAAAGUCACAGCUACUCCAACCAGAGAGCAAACUGGGCCUUGACUUCCUGUGCGAAGCUUCAAAGUUAAAUGAGUUACCUGGUCCAAAAGUGAAAUCACUGAGACAUUUGAGACAGGUCCUCGGGGUGAAUGACUUUCGGCAGCUAGCAUGGCAUGUGCUCAUGGGAAAUCAGGUCAUAUGGAGAAGUGCAGACCCUGGACUCAUCCAGUCAGCAUUUACUGUGCUAAAGUCUUUGCUGCCAGUGGGCUGCGUGCGCUCUGUGCCAUACAGCGCUCAGUAUGAAGAGGCCUACAAAUGCAACUUCCUGGGUCUCAGCACGGAUGUUCCUAUCCCGGCCCACGUCAGCUCCUCAGAGUUUUCAGUGCUGGUGGACGUCACUUUAAAGCUCCGUCAGGGUUUAGCUGCAGGUGAAGAUGAACUCUGUGCACUCUAUCAAUUCACCAUCAGCAGCGCCAACACACAGCCGACAGACAGAGGUCCAACGUUGCUGAACAAACUUGAGGUGGCCCUGUCCAAUGAGAACCUGUCUGUGGAUGUUGUGUCUCACUGCCUGCUGUGUUUGAAGGAGGAGUGGAUGAACAAAGUCAAAGUGCUGUUCAAAUUCUCCAAAGUGGACGGUCGUGGGAGGGAGGACACCCAGAAGGUCCUGGCCCUGCUUGGUGCCGCAGGUCCUGGCGAGGAAGACAACGUCAGGCUGUUAAAGUACUGGAUGACCGGAUUGAGCAAAACCUACAAGAGUCAUUUAAUGACAGCUGUGCGAGGAGGGGAGAGGAGCCCCAGCCAGUGAUAAAUUGAGGAGGAGGAGGUGGGACAUGCUGAAAAAAAAGAACAGUGACAGCAAUAGUAUCCAAAUGCUAAACGAAGCAAGAGUGAGUCUUUCCAUGGGUUGUUUUUUUAAAUAUAUGGAUUCAGUGUGGAAUGAAGGAGCACUGUGAAUGGAUGACAGGAAUGUCCAUCCAUUAUUGUCUUUUUAAGUAAUGAGAAAUCUAUCGUGUGCUCUCCUCAGAUGAUUAUCCUGCACAGAUUAACAGAUGAAGUAAUUUUGGACAAAGCAUGGGGACUUUUUUUGUUAAAGGGAAUUUUUGUAGAGAACCUUCAAUGCGAAGUUUAACUUAAUACAAAAGCUAUUGCAUUUGUUUAUUAAUGCCGAUGCCUCCUGAAGAAAUAAACUAAUCAGUCUGGCGCUCUUUAUUCUCCAA